GCGGCAUCGAUGUGAUGGCACUGCAAUUGCCUGCUUCAUUUGAGGUGGAGCCGUUAGGCAGCACCCAUUCUUUGCGUCGAAGCAGCAGCGUUGCAACUGCCGUAGCCAUGCUGGGCGGUCAAGACCCAUUUCAAUCAUUUCAGGGAAGUGACCAAGGCAGACCUGCCAGCUGGCAAUCAGUGUUUCUCCUAAUUUUGGCGUUUGUCCUCAUUGCUUCCAUGAGUGGAGGACUGAUUUUUGGCUCAGCUCCCUUUCAGGCAGCUUUGGUGGACUAUGGAUAUUCCAUGGAGGAGGCCAAACACAUUUGGGGUUUGGCCUUCCAGGUCUUCGUGGUUGGAACAGCCAUGGUAUCACCCCUGCUCGAUUACAUUGCGCCGCGUUGGUUCGCUAGCUUUGGACUGGCUUUGGAAUGCUUCGGUCAUCACCUAUUGGCUGGGAUUGCGGCCUAUCCUUUGCAGGAGGGAAGGUACAUCUUGGCAGCCGGCCUUGGCAUAGUUGGAGUGGGUGGCAACAUGCUGAUGCUGUCAUCCAUUCAAUUCAGUGGCCUUUUUGUCAACAGCUGCACGAUUACAGCGAUGAUGAGCGGCACUUAUCAACUUGCGGGCUUUAUCUUUUCCCUGCUCGAUGCUUCCUUCAUGAAUUUCGAGGUUUUCUUUCACAUGUACGAAAUCAUCAGCUUAGUUGGGAUGGGUCUGGCAUUUAUUUGCUACCCCAAUGAGCCUUACACGUCGUCUCUACAGCCAGCCGGUUGCACCUGGCCCACAAUGCCGUGUCGGCCCUGUGGUGGUGCUCCUUCUUCCUGCAAGGAUUCCUGGGCUCCGCUGCAGCUUUCUCGGACGUGGUUCUUUCUGUUGUCCUUCUCAUUGGGUGCCACAUGCGGCGCCUGGUGCUCAGCCACUUUCUUGCAGACUGUGACACGGAAGGCCCAAGCAGCAGGGGAGCUCCCAAGCGCAGUUGACGCAUUUGUGGUUUGGAUGCCAUUCGUGUCAAAUGCAACCUUUGUUUUUUCACCAUGCAUUGGCAUGCUCAUUGAUCUUCAGGGCUUUGUUCCUGCGGUGCAGAUUCUGUUGGCCAUGGUUCUGUCCGCAGUUCUAUCGCUUUGGCUCUUGCCCUUCAACUUGCAAUGGUGGACGCUGUUGUCCCUCAAUUGCCUACAAGCAGUGACCUACAGUCUCCAAUUCACCUACACCGCGCGGCGCUACCGGGUGGAACAGUUUGGCAUCAUCAUGGGCUUUACAACUGUAAUUCAAAGUGUGGUGAACAUAGGGGGGUUGUACCUGCUGACUGCUCCUGCCGGCCUGGCAGCUGCCGCGUUUAUUGUGCCCACCUGCUUCACUUGCCUGAUGUGGUGCUUGAAAGAACGACGAGACAUUUCCAGGCUACUUCCAGGCCAUGCUGUUGUAGGAUAGAAAACAGUGCCAAAA